AUGGCUGAGAUCAUCACAAAUGGUCCUGUCCAAGCAACUUUCCUGGUGCAUGAGGACUUUUUCAUGUACGCCGGUGGCGUCUAUCAACACACAGAACUUGCUGCUCAGAAAGGUUCCGGCUUCACUGGACAGGGAUAUCACUCUGUUCGCGUACUCGGAUGCUUUGCUGUUCCACAAGUUAUUCUCGCACUUCUGCUGUCUUCAGAUGGGGAGUGGACCAUUCAACAGGACGUGCGAAUUCCCUAUUGGCUGGCAGCCAAUUCGUGGGGACGACAAUGGGGUGAAGACGGUCUGUUCCGCAUUCUCAGAGGCGAAAAUCAUUGUGAAAUCGAGAGUUUCGUCAUAGGCGCGUGGGGCAAAGGCUCGAAACGACGACGGCGUUUCAAGCUACGCAAGAUGCGUCGACGAUUCCGCAAAUUGUAG